CUUCAGUUCACUUUGCAAUUCAACACUGGGAGAUCCUGUCUAUAACAUUUUCACCGUUGAGUAAUUCAUCAUCCGAGAUCAAACCACGCGCAUUCCUUGGACCUGGGCACAGGCUUCACGUGAGGAAGAAAAAGAGAGCCUGAACAGAACCAAUUGCUGGUAGCCCACUUCGUCUGGUGAAUCCCAAAGUUGCUGCUGCCUUUGUUUGGAUUGCUCAACCUCUCUGUCUCUCCCUUCCCAUCGCUCUCGCCUCCCAGACGUGACAUUCAGUUCACAACGCUGCGCUCUUUCGUGCUGUCGCUUCUACAUAUCGAUAUUGGGAUUCUUGCUAGCCACUCCAUAUCCCAAUCAGUAGCCUCUAGCCCCAAGAGCACGUUGCCUGCGGCGCUGCUGCUCGGCCGGCACCAUGUCGACUCGGCAACCGUCUCGUGUGGUGUUUGUGGGAAAUAUUCCCUAUGGCUUGACCGAGGAGCAAAUCACAGAAAUUUUCAGUGGUGCAGGAAGGGUGCUCAAUUUUCGACUCGUUUACGAUCGCGAGACUGGUCGACCUAAAGGCUUUGGCUUCGCCGAAUUUCCAGAUUACGACUCUGCCGCUUCCGCAGUCAGGAACCUGAACGAUUACGAAAUCAUGGGUCGCAAGCUGCGGGUCGACUUUAGUAACGAGACGGUCAGCGACGACGAUAACCGCGACCGCGAUGGCGCAGCCGGCGCCAGCAUCGUGAACUACGCCAACCCGCCCGCCACCACCAACGGCGGCAGCACCACCGCUCCACCCAACCCGGCCCUUAGCACCUUCGGCGGCAGCGGCCUACUCCCUCCUCUCCCGCAGGGCAAGGAUUUGCCCCCGGGCGUCACCUGCACCGACGCCAUCUCGCGUACACUCAACACCCUUCCCCCCGCCCAGCUCCUCGACAUCCUGCAGCAAAUGAAGACGCUAGCCACCAAUGACCCGGCCCGCGCCACCGAGCUGCUCACCCAGGCUCCUCAGCUCAGCUACGCCAUAUUCCAGGCGCUGCUCAUCAUGGGCUUGGUCUCGCCAGACGCCAUCAACUCGGUGCUCGAGAACCCCGGCGCCGGCGCCGCAUUCCCGCCUCCCGCUCCUACUACGUACACCGGCACCCCCCCCGUCGCAGGCGGUUACGCGCCGCCCGUUGCCGCGGGUCCUCCGGUUGCUGCUUCUGUUAUUCCGGCUGCGGCCACGCCUCCAGCUGCGGUAGGCGGCCAGGACCCGGAGGCGCUGAUGCGCGCUGUGAUGGAGCUGCCGCAGGAGACUAUCGACCAGCUGCCUGAUGCGGAGCGGCAGCAGAUUAUGGCUCUGCGGGCGAGUUAUGCUGCGCAGACGCGGCGCUAAGGUAUCCGCAGGCGCCCCUUUAAGAAGAGGUGGUGGGAAGGGGGAUAGUAAAAAAGAUGGAUGGGUGGGUCGGUAUCUUGGGGAGAGCUGAUUGCAUUGGGCCAUCACUUGUUUACCUUCACUUUCAGGUCCUGGCGUCUGGCGAAGGAAUAGGUAGAGAAACACAACUAAGGCAAUGCAGUACAUGGGAUUCCGUCUGAGAAAACACCGUAACGUUUCUUGAUUUUAUUUCAUUUAUUGUAACGUACAUGAUAAGCGAACGUCCCAGACAAGCGAACGUCCCACAAAAACACAUCUG